AGACCCUGCCUCAUUUAACAAGAACUCACUGACUGAAAAUAACUACCCUCUGCUAGUACAGAUGGUGUUGCUGGCUGAGCUGAAUGAUUUGAAAGAAAAGGGCUAUUUCUGACCUCACUUUACCUGGAUUACCAGCUGUCUCUGAGAAGCCUCAAGUAAACCACAAUCUAGGAUUAACUACAACCCAUAGUGCUUUUACUGGUGAGCUGUAAGUAACCCAAGCUUCGUUUAAGAACAAAGUGUCCUGAAACCCAACACAUUGCGUGAGAACACUUAGAAAAAAAGCUAUACUGUUUGCACUUUAGGAAGAUCACCUGUCAAUCGGUGAACUACUGACGAGUUUAAAUGGAUCGAAUGGAACUGCAAAAAGUCAACAUGGAAUGUGAUGAUGACAGCAACAGUGGAGAGAGCUUUGAAGAUGGAUAUUGCAAAGAAAUGGAUUCUGAAAAAGUUACUAUUAGCAGUCAAUAUGUUGAUGGGGAAGAUGCAGAAAGCCAAAAAUUCCUUACAAAUGGGCUUCCUGGAAAGAAAAAAUUGGAAGAAUAUACAGAGGAACAUCACCCUGGGACCACUUCAUUUGGAAUGUCAGUGUUUAACCUUGGUAAUGCCAUCAUGGGCAGCGGGAUUCUUGGACUCUCCUAUGCGAUGGCAAAUACGGGCAUCAUACUUUUUGUGAUUCUUCUUCUUGCAGUUGCAAUAUUAUCCCUGUACUCUGUCCACCUUCUACUGAAGACUGCAAAAGAAGGAGGUUCAUUAAUUUAUGAAAAAUUAGGUGAAAGGGCGUUUGGAUGGCCAGGAAAACUUGCAGCUUUUAUAUCUAUCACAAUGCAGAACAUCGGAGCGAUGUCAAGUUACCUAUUUAUUGUAAAAUAUGAACUUCCCGAAGUAAUACGAACAUUUAUGGGCCUUGAGGAAAAUUCCGGAGAAUGGUACCUGAAUGGCAACUACCUCGUCAUAUUUGUGUCAGUUGGAAUAAUUCUUCCACUAUCUCUGCUAAAGAAUUUAGGGUAUCUUGGAUACACAAGUGGAUUUUCUCUCGGCUGUAUGGUGUUUUUUGUCAGUGUGGUCAUUUAUAAGAAAACGCAAAUACCAUGCCCUUUACCUCUACUGGACCACAAUAUUGGGAAUUUGACAAGCAACAGUACUUACGACCUGCACCCAUUCAUCGUACAAAAUAUCACUGACAGUUCUGAAGCAAAUUUCAUGAUGGAUUAUACACAAGGACAAACAACAGAACUCAAUGACCACGAAAACCAGAAUCAAGGCAGCCGAGUGGAAUAUGAAGCCCACACAGAUGACAAAUGCCAGCCCAAGUACUUUGUGUUCAAUUCUCAGACAGCCUAUGCCAUUCCAAUUUUGGCCUUUGCGUUUGUGUGUCAUCCGGAAGUUUUGCCAAUCUACAGUGAGCUGAGAAGCCGAUCUCGGAGAAAGAUGCAGAAUGUAUCGAAUGUCUCAAUAGCUGCCAUGCUGGCAAUGUAUCUCUUUGCUGCCCUUUUUGGCUAUCUUACAUUUUACGGAGAUGUUGGAGACGAGCUGCUUCACACCUACACUAAGGUGUACAAAUUUGACACUCUUCUCCUGUGUGUUCGCGUAGCAGUUCUGGUUGCUGUGACUUUGACAGUACCCAUUGUUUUAUUCCCCAUUCGUACUUCAGUCACUACAAUGUUGUUUCCCGGAAGACCAUUCAACAUGCUUAGACAUUUCUUAAUAGCAUUUGUACUCCUUGCUCUUAAUAACACUCUUGUAAUAUUUGUACCAACGAUUAAAGAUAUCUUUGGAUUUAUUGGUGCGUCGGCUGCAACGCUGCUUAUCUUUAUUCUUCCAGCAGCGUUUUAUUUACGAAUAGUGAAAAAAGAACCAUUACGUUCACCGCAGAAAAUUGGGGCCUUAAUUUUCCUGAUUGUCGGAAUCAUAUUUAUGAUCGGAAGCAUGUCCCUUAUCAUAUCUGACUGGAUCCACAAUCCCCCGUCUUCAAAACACCAUUAACCAAUUCUACAAUUGGAGAAGAUUUUCAAUGAAUCGUGGAUUGAUAACAGUGUAGACAAGUGACAAAUGAUCUCACAAAGACUUUCAAACAAUCCAGAGACUGUUGCUGGUACCAACAUGUGGAAUACAUUUUUUUUUUACUGCUAGUUUAUUUAUAUUUUUGAAACAUUUGAAGAAAAAGAAAUGUUUGUUUUACUAGAUAUUUUAAAAUUGAGUAAUCAUCCUUUGGAUAUACUUGGCUACAAACCAAGCGAGAACAUUCUAUUUUUUUUUUUUUUUUAUCUCUUAACGGAAGGUGUCCAUACCUCUGUGACCUGUUUCUUAGGCAGGAUUCACUGCAAGUUUCUGUAAGUCCUUAUUUUGAAGGGUUUCUGUAACAAAACCAAACAUAUUGCAUUUUAAUAUACGUCUUUAGUUUAUAUUGCAGCACUGAAUUGUAUACUAGUAGAGAAAUGAUACUAAUUGAUCACGAUGAAAAUGGUCAUCGUACAGUCUCGAAAAAAACUGUAUAUCUUCUUAUUAGUGCCUGUUUUUGCACCUUUUUUAUUCUAUAGCUUUUAAACCACCUGCUAAUCUGAAUAUUACUUUGAUUCACUCUUCUAGUGGGAGGGCAUUUUAAUGAUGCCAUAGGCAGAAUUGAAAUUCUACUACCUAUAUACCUUAUCUCGAUGUACAAAUCUACCAGAAUGUGUUACGUAGGUAGAGUGUGCAGGUCAGAACCUGUUCAGCUGUAAAGUGUCGCGCGUCUUAGGAGAUGGUUAAAAAAAUCAAUUCAGAAGCAUUCUAGCAUUUUUUAUUAUUUGUUAUUGUUAUUAUUCGUUCUGUAGAGUUUUACUGUGUUACAAAGCUGCUUCAUGAAUCAGCAGAUCGUAUCAACAAGUUCAUUCAUGGAGUAACAUUGUACGAUGGGUGUGCCCCACAGUGAGAAAUUCCUGCAACUAAUGUUUUCAUAGGAACGUAAGAAACAAAUAUACGUCCUAUAUUUACAAACAAAACUCCAUGAGAUAAAUAGAGAAAUUAUUUGAUCGUACAACUGUCGAGCAAAAUGCUUCAUAUCUCAGCUUGGGUGUACAGUUGACUUUUCUGAUUAAGUAGACUUUUUAUCGAAGGAUAUUAGAAUAAGCAAGAUAUUUUUUUUAAUAUACUGUAUCAUUAAGCAUUAGUUUAUCAUUGAUGCUGAGUAACUGGACGUAUAAUGUCUAUAACUGGAAUUAUAAUGUCUAUGUAAUAAAAUGUGUAUUUUUAUAAUA